GGUAUGGUCCUACAGCCUAACUACACGCUGGACAGCGACAAACACUGCUUGAUUCACUUCACGCGAUCCACGCACACUCCUAUGCUCCUCAAACAACGCGCAGCAGACGCUUCUCUUAUCUUCCAGCGAUCUCCAAAGGCCACAAUACUCAGCAGCAAAACCAAAUGCCGACAUCAACUCUAUCACUUUUGAAUCUUCCCCCGGAGCUGAUAUUAGAAAUCGGAGAGCGACUUCCACCUGACGGCAUCCUAUCGCUCAAGUUCACUCACUCGAUCCUGAACGAUACGCUUCCCACUUUACCGCAACUAAAGAACAGAACACUGACCAACUGUGCUCGAUACGCCAUCGAAAGAUACCGCACGCCGCCGUACUGCACUCCCUCGGAAUCAAGAUGCAUUCUCUGCAAGAAAAUUUACCCGGCCAACCUCUUCGUCUCCUCGAGCAGCACGGCAUGCGUACCACAGUCCUUUGAAAAGGAUGUCCCGCGUCCGGAAAUCGUUGAGCUUCCGACCGGCGUCUGCUCCUGGCAUAUUAGUAGUUUGGUGAGAAAAGUGCGCACCGGGCCCAACGGGAAGAACAAGUGGGAGAGUUGCAUUCGCAAGAUAUGUCUGCAUUGCAGGGCGAUCGAGGGGUGGGGCGAAAAGUGCGCCUGCCCUUGUCAAAGCUGUGGAUCUAGGAUGGUGCGGACAUACACGCGACACCUAAACAACGAAACGGAGUGCCAGGGGUACCAUUUCUGGAGGAACCCCGCCGCUGGAGAGAGCGCGGAUCCACGAGAGAAAGCCUAUGGGCGGUUAUAUGUGAAGGAGACGUGUCGAGAACCGGACGCCACAGAGGAGAGUACAAUCGACCUUCCCGUGCAUUACGUAUGUCUAGCGGAGUGUGAUGCUGGACUACCCAAGGUCUGUUAGGAACUUACUCUCCUUUGCUCCAUGCCUUGAUAAGCCCAGGUCUAUUGGAGAUGCUCGGAAAAUGUAUUCUCUCUUGAAAGUUUUGACUUCUUUGUAUUUCAACUUUUAAUUUAUUUUUAAUUCCCGUUUCUCCUCUCCGUGCUCGGCUCUUUCUACAUCGGUUUCUCCAUGCCAUCUAUCUCGCUGUUCCAUUUUCAACACUCUCGCCCACUUCCAAACACCA